CCCGACAAUCGUGGUAAGGAGUUUGUCAUUGGUUUUAUGGAUAACUACAUCAUGGGAGGUAAUCUCCAGUGUGAGCUCUUCGUCACCACCGCCCGAACAACAAAAGUUAGUGUGAAAGUAGAUUCCCCAAAGUGUUCCAACCCUAAAAUCUCAGCUUCCUUCUCUAUAACAGCUGGUCAAGUUAAACAACUCCUCUUUAAUUAUAAAAUAAGAAUGAUCGGAUCAGCGAAAGGCAGCAAAGGUAUCUGGGUCACGGCCUCGGACGAAAUAGUAAUUUAUGGCGUUAACAAAGAACAUUAUUCCAAUGAUGGUUUCGUGGGUCUUCCCACCGAUGUUUUGUCCGAUGAAUACUAUGUCGUCACGUGGUACCCUCCAUACAGACAAUGUGAAUUGCUGGUUGUUGGAGUUGAAGAUUCCACAAAAGUCACUAUUACUUUGGGUCAGUACAUGGGAAGUAGGUAUGUUAGCUAUAACAGAAAGAAUUAUAAAAAAGGCAACUCUAUAUCAGAGAAUCUGAACAAAUUCGACACGUGGCAGCUUGUCACUAAUGGCGACCUGAGCGGAAGUAAAAUUACCUCUAAUAAAAAGAUAUCCGUGUUCUCUGGGAACAAGAAAACGAACAUAGGCAGAGGCUCUUCUCAGGAUCAUUUGGUAGAGCACAUGACUCCCGUCAACACAUGGGGUAAAAAGUUUGCAACUGUACCGAUUCCGAAGAGAACCGUCGGGGAUUACUUUAAAUUCAUUGCCAGCGAGGACAAUACGAGAGUCACUAUAUCAGGUGGUUACUCAUCAUCAUUUACAAUAUCUAAGGCGGGAGGCGUGGUGCAGAAGCUUAUCUCCUCCAAAGCUUAUUGUAGGGUAGUUGCAGACAAGCCUAUCAUGCUUGUCCAAUUUGUCCAAUCCCAACAGAGCUCCUCUGAACCAUCUGACCCAGCCAUGAUGAUCAUUCCUCCUUGUGAACAAUAUGGUGCUGACUAUACGUUCUCUACUCCAAAAUAUUCCGCCGGAUCCUAUGAAAAUUACUUCAUGUUCAUUGUUGAGGAAAAGGAAGCGUCCGGUCUGAGAAUUAACGGCAAGGCGUUCCCCACCAAUACCAAAUUUCAGCGGAUCUCGGGAACUACUCUUGUAGGAGGAUACAUCUCUAUACCUGAGGGGACUCACACAGUUCGUCAUACGUCUCCUAUUGCUAUUUUUGGAGGGUUUUUAUACGGAAAGGCUCCUUAUGAAACGUAUGGGUUUACAACUGGUAUGAGAAUGGCAAAAGUUAAUGCUAUUUGUAUUCCUACACCGACUGUAACGGGUGACGGUAUUGACAACGAUUGUGACGGCAAGAUUGACGAGGAACUAUGUACACCGGAAAACAAAAAUAAAGAUGACGACGGCGAUGGAAAAGUUAACGAAGACUGCGCUAAACCUCCACCAAUUGAUGGUAAAUGGACAAGUUGGACUUCCUAUGGCGCAUGCUCAGUGACAUGUCAGCCAACGUCUCGCAGAGUAACUGGAACUAAAACCCGAACCCGAAGCUGUUCAAAUCCGGCCCCUGCAUAUGAUGGGAAACAGUGUGAUGGUUCAGGGACUCAGACUUCAUCUUGCUCGCCUACCAAUCCCUGCAGAGUUGACGGAAAGUGGGGAUCCUGGGGGUCAUAUGGCGCAUGUUCUGUGACUUGCGGAAGUGGCUCAAAAUCCCGUUCAAGAUCCUGUAACAACCCUGCCCCAGCAGGAGGCGGAAGUAACUGUGCUGGAAGCUCUACGUCAACUGCAACGUGCACAUUGUCUGCUUGUCCAAUUGACGGUAAAUGGGGCUCCUGGGGAUCAUACGGGUCCUGUUCUAAAACUUGUGGUGGAGGGACACAAUCAAGAAGUCGGUCCUGCUCUAACCCCGCCCCUCGAUAUGGCGGGAGAUCUUGUUCUGGAUCCACUUCGUCAUCUCAAAGUUGUAACACACACAACUGUCCAAUUGAUGGUAAAUGGGCAUCGUGGGGAUCCUACGGAUCGUGUACAAUCACUUGUGGCGGUGGCACACAGAGAAGAAGCAGGACCUGUUCAAACCCGGCCCCGAAAUAUCUAGGAAAGGACUGUCCAGGGUCUUCUAGUUCUUCACGAAGUUGUAACACACACAACUGUCCAAUCGACGGUUUCUGGGCCGGCUGGGGAUCUUGGGCCACUUGUACAGAAACGUGUGGAGGCGGAAUCCAAACCCGAUCCCGAUCUUGCAGUAACCCCACUCCACAAUAUGGCGGCGCGUUUUGUUCAGGGUUUUCUUCCGACACUCAACGAUGUAACACACAAAACUGCCCAAUCAAUGGAGCCUGGAAUUCGUGGUCUAGAUGGGGCUCUUGUACAGUAACGUGCGGGGGAGGAACACAGAAGCGAUCACGAAGCUGUUCAAGUCCCACCCCUCAAUACGGAGGACUGGACUGUGCUGGAUCAAAACAAUCUAGCCAGACCUGCAACACUCAUCACUGUCCAAUUGAUGGCGGUUUCUCUAACUGGGGAUCCUGGGGCACCUGCACCGUAACUUGUGGCGGAGGAACACAGGUGCGCACGCGCAGUUGUUCUAAUCCAACUCCACAAUAUGGCGGUGCACCAUGUUCAGGGGUGACAAGUCAAAACCAAGACUGUAACACACAAGUCUGCAUUAUUGAUGGAGCGUGGAGUACAUGGGGAGCCUGGGGGUCGUGCUCUGUGUCUUGUGGUGGCGGAAAGAGAUCACGUGCUCGCACUUGCUCUAACCCCAAACCGGCUAAUGGUGGAAAAUCGUGUUCCGGGUCUUUGAAAGAAUUGGGAGACUGCAACAGUCAGUUUUGCCCGACCCCAGCUGCGGGGACAUACGUACAGGUAAGCCGUGCCCCAUCCGGUGGUGCACUCAGUGUGAUUGUUCUAUUUCAGUUAUGUCCCACCGGUUGGUUCACGUGUCAAUCAGGAGGCAUCACGUGUAUAGACAAAUCAUUUGUUUGUGAUUGUUCAAACGAUUGUGACGACGGAAGUGACGAAACAGUCGGUUAUGCCGGAUGUUCUGGCGCUGUGAUAGCGAUGUGUGAAGAAAACGGUUCAGCGGCGUUAGUGACGUCACCAGUCCUGGUUCUGUUCUUAUUGAUGUUGGGAUUGUAUCAAAUGUUGUAA